AUGAACAGUUACUCAAAACGCUGCAGCUCCAGUGAGGACAGCUUUGAGUUACAGGGCAGCACAAGGUCAGAAGCUAAAAGCUUUGUUAAAAGCAAAAAUAAGGAUGAAGGUUAUCGACCCCAUCGAUCAAAGCACUGUCAGAAAGGGGGUGAAAAAACUCACGGACUGGAACACUCUUCUCUGUAUCCAGCAGAAGUGGGAAACGCCAGCCAAAGGCUCCAGAGGCAGAAGAAGACUCACAAGAAAAGCAGUUCCUCUACAUCUGACUUGAGCUUGGUGAGUCAAGGAUCAUCAAGUUCAUUGUCUGUUGUGGAAGAAAAAAUAGAAGCUAAACUCAAAUUCUCUCAAUUUAUUAAUGAAGUUACUUUCAGAGUGCUUGAUCCCAUGAGCCUGAGGGCAUACCGAGCUGCUAAACUGAAAAAUACCUUUCCAUCCAGUGUGAGAAGCCUGGAUGACUUUCAUAUUAAGAGAAAGUCUCCUGAAAACUGGAAAGAAAACAUUCUAGAUGGGAAAACCCAUGAAGAAGUAGACUUAGAGACUCUGAGAAGUGACGACAUCGUGGCUGGAGCACGAGCACACAAAUUAGAGAAAUCAUCGUCCCUGGAUACAAGUCCUUCUCUCAGAUCAUUUGAUAAUGGUGUGUCAUGCAGAACAAGAUCUGGCUUGCCAGUCGAAAUUAUGAUUUCUCAUAGCAAAGGAAUGCCAGCCACAAAAUCUGCAUCUCUUCCUAGAAGUACAAGCAUGGCCUCUGCGGCAGAAAUGGAGAAAAUAAGGGUACGAAAUUCCUGGGUGCCAACCUGCCUAUGGCAACCUAGAAUUCUCCAGGGCAGGCUCGCAAAAUCUUCACCUACUCUCUGGGACAGUACUUUGCAAGAACAGAAAGGGGAAUUACGAAAGCGCCUAUCGUACACUACCCAUAAGCUGGAAAUGCUUGAAACAGAAUUUGAUUCUACUCGUCAGUAUCUUGAAAUAGAAUUGAGACGUGCUCAGGAGGAACUUGAAAAAGUAACGGAAAAACUGAGAAGGCAGGUGAUUACUCCCCUGAAGACAUAUCAUAAUGGAAGCCAAAAAUGUUUUACGAGGAUMCAAAACAAUUACCUAGCCUUACAAAGAAUUAAUCAGGAUCUGGAGGAUAAGCUUUACAGAAUGGUAAGUUAUCAUAA